UGCAAAACUCCAGGCCAAGACCUCUUGGUGAGCACAUCACUGGAAUGAGAGACGCUUCACUGCUGUAAAAAUCGCUGAGAGAGCAACUUGGAUUCAUGCCGGCCACUGCAUUGAUCCUCGAACCAUAUGACAACGUCACCUGUGUGCAUACCUCAAAGCUGGGACACGCAAAACAGCUCAGCAAGUCACCCCAUUUUAAGUGCACGCCGAACGCUGCUUUAAAGUGACCAACGCCAGAAUGAGAUUGAUUCUCCACCAGUGGCUUUUCCACAGCUCCACCAAGUGACAUGCAAGCAGACAGCUUGUGUCACCAACGAGGACUCUACGAUGGAACACAGAUCUUCACCAGAGCAUCUCCUUCUCUGAUAUGGUUAUGCAAGAUUGUGGAACGGGGUCAGAUCCUGGUGCUCGGUACCACCAGUUGUGAGGAGCUGCAGAGAGGAGGAUAAGCCUGCAUGGGUUGCUGAAAUGACUGAAUUGAUAAGGGCUGUGUCUCUGCAGCCAACACGCAGGCCAAGUAACAGGGUGUGCUGGGGGUGUGGUCAGCCAGGACAUUUGGCCAGAGAUUGCCCCAAGGCACACCAGGCCCAGGGAAACGACGUGGGGCAGGGAAAGGGGAAGAUGCGGAGCCAGGCCCAAAACCCCCCCAACCAAACCACAGCCUUAUUGCCACCAACACAGACAUCCGAGGAAGGAGCCCGACAGCACAGCCGGGGGAACCGGGCUCUACUCCUUCCUGAAGAAUAUGACAGCACAUGCUUGGAGCCUGUCGUCGCGGUGGGCCGUGCUGGUGGUGGGGAUUCCUGUUAUGCCCCUGUCACUGUGGAAGGGGUGCCCUGCACUGCACUGGUGGACACAGGCUCGACAGUAACCCUGGUGAGAGCAGAUGUGUUGUCCAGUGAGACUCAUUUAGAACCGACAGCGGUGCGUCUACGCACAGUCACAGGAGAGCUGGUACCUAUGAGAGGAAAAGGCAUGCUGACUGUGUUGGUGGGGGGAGUUGAAGUGCAUCAUCCGGUGUGGAUAGCAGAUGUACAGGACCCGUAUAUUCUGGGCUUGGACUUUUUGAGGGCGUCUGGUUGCCACCUGGACCUUCAAGCAGGCACAGUGAGUUUCCACGGGGGGCCUGUGAUCACUAUGACCCGUAUCCACACCCCUGCUGAACCUGCUGGGAGACCCCCUACACACCCCGUGAAAACCCGCAAAACUGAACCUAGAACCCGCCGCCC